UUCUCGGCGGACUCAGCAGCAACCGUCCAGCGGCAAGUUUUUGGGCACAUUCACGAACCAAAGGUCGUUAAAUAACCUCCGGGAAUCACAGAAACCACCCGAGCGUCGGCCCUAAUAACGUUUCUUCUGUUUUCUGUGCGGUUCGUGUCGGCCACAGGCCCAGGAAAGGCCGAAAAUGAGUCAGUUUAAGGAGCGCUUCGUGACUCUGCUCCACGAGAAGAACUUUGUGACAGAUCAGUUGGCGACGCUGGAAGAAAAAACGGGAGUGAAGAGAGAGUAUAUCGCCUUGGGUUUUCUGAGUUUUGUCGGCCUCUAUCUUCUUUUUGGAUAUGGAGCCUCACUGCUCUGCAACCUGAUUGGCUUCGCCUAUCCAGCGUAUUUCUCUAUUAAGGCCAUCGAGAGCAAUGUUAAGGAGGAUGACACACAGUGGCUGACCUACUGGGUUGUUUAUGGACUCUUCAGCAUUGUCGAGGCUUUCUCUGACAUCUUCCUCUUCUGGUUCCCCUUCUACUAUGCUGGCAAGUGUGUGUUCCUGAUAUGGUGCAUGGCUCCGGUGACGUGGAACGGCUCUGACAUCUUGUACAAGCGUGUGGUUCGGCCAUUUUUCUUGAAACACCAGGCUACCAUGGACACUAUGGUCAGCGAUCUGAGUUCCAAGGCUAAGGACAUAACUGAAAACAUCACAAAGGAGGGUGAGACACCUACAGUAUACAUCUGUUAACCAGGUCCUUAACCACGACAAGAACCAGUGAGAGACAUGGGAAGGUGUUGUGUGUGUGUGUGGGUGCACAUACGUGUGAUUGGGUACUUGGAAGAAUUACUGGAUGAGGUUUUGUGUGUGUGCGUGUGUGUGUGUUGUUUCGCUUCUGGUUUGCCCUCCCCCGGCUUCCAUGACGAAUGAUGAUGAUGAAUCCCCCACCCGUCAUGUGAUGAACUGGAGCUUCACACACCUGAAAAAAUAAAAGCUUGUUUGUGCAUUCACAUCAGUUUACUGCCGUCGGUACUGCCAAGACAAUCGGUGAAACUGUGACCUUUCAUGUGAUCUUAUUUUAUUUGUUGUAGUUUGACGAAUUAAGUGGAAAGAAAUACGGUGAAAGCAAAAAAGUAUGAUUUUGUACCUGCAGGUUUCAGCAACACUGGCUGUGAAGUCUACAUUAUGUCUCAUUGAGCCAUUUGUGACAGAAACAUGUGGCUGAGAACAUUACGGUUAUAAAAGCAGGUUGUCUUCAAAUGUGUGCAUGAACAGUGUUAUCAAACAUUGUUAAUCAAAACUGGAACUUUUACAUGUCAUUAAUGUCUUCUUGCUCUUGCAUGUGUCAAGCAGCAUUUAAAGUCUGUUUGAACUACUUGGAAGGUCUCCAAUCCAACUGGGUGACUCCUGUCUUUUGAUAUGUCUUAAUUUAUCAUCUCAUAAUGACUAAACAAUAAAACUGGAACCACAAUGAACUGAAAAA